CUGGACCAUCACAUGUCCUUAUUGGCGUUUCAAGUAGGCAAUCCUUCUGUAUUUCAAAACAAAAAAGACAAAUUUGCAGUAAUAUAUGAAUUGGGGAUUAAACAAAUCAACUUCCUUCUUGUUCCAAUUGUAGGAGAGAGAAAUGUCUGGUUGCAUUUGUCUUCUUCUAAACCUUAAAAAUUUGUAUUUGAUUUGGAACAUGAAGAUAAAUAAAUGAUAAGGCAUGGACACAAUGCAACAUUAUCUGACCCGAUUUAUUUAUUAGUUUUUCCGCCAUGCAUAAUUAAUCAUUGCAUACCCAAAUGGACAAAAUUUGAAGCAUAACUCAACAGUAUUAUAUAUAUGUAUUGAUCAUAUUGGUCAAGAUCAGAGCAAUUGAACAGGCACGUCAACAAACAAAGAAUAAGUCCUUAUCAAAACAAAGUAUUCAAGCAAGAUGGAAGAAACUCAUCUAUAUAAAGCUCCACAGCAAUGUUGGAGUCAUCAUAGUCUCUCAAUCAAAUAAUCCAUUAGACUAAGCUAAAAAAAAUCUUCAGUUUCUAGUAGAAUGGCAUUCACAAACCAGUGCCUGGCAUUGAUGUUAGUUUUGGCAGCAUGGGCUGGUCAAGCAACAUGCCGCAGCCUCCAAGAUGCAACGAUGUAUGAGGAGCACGAACAAUGGAGGGCUCGCUAUGGUCGGGUUUAUAAGAACACCAAUGAGAAGGAGAAGCGGUUCCAGAUAUUCAAGGAGAAUGUUGCACGUAUAAAAUCAUUUAACGAUGCCAAUGACAAUCCCUACAAGCUGGGCAUCAAUCAAUUUGCUGAUCUCACCAAUGAAGAGUUCAAGACUUCAAGAAAUAGAUUCAAGGCUCACAUGUGCUCCCCAAAAACCCCUUCUUUCAAAUAUGAAAAUUUUACUGCAGUACCAUCCUCCACGGACUGGAGAAAAAAGGGAGCAGUUACACCUGUUAAGGACCAAGGCCAAUGCGGAUGUUGUUGGGCAUUCUCAGCAGUGGCGGCCAUGGAGGGGAUCACUAAGCUUACCACUGGAAAAUUAACCUCCUUGUCGGAGCAAGAACUGGUGGACUGCGACACCAUGGGGGAGGAUCAAGGCUGUAAUGGGGGUCUAAUGGACAAUGCAUUCCAGUUCAUUAAACAAAACAAGGGCCUCACAACUGAGAACAAUUACCCCUACAAAGGAGUAGAUGGCUCAUGCAACACAAAGAAGGCAGCCGAUGAUGCAGCAAAGAUAACUGGCUAUGAAGACGUACCAGCCAACAGCGAGAAGGCCCUGAAAAAGGCGGUCGCUAACCAGCCAGUUUCAGUUGCCAUCGAUGCUGGUGGUUACGAAUUCCAGUUUUACUCAGGUGGUGUUUUCACUGGGCCUUGUGGAACUGAGCUGGACCAUGGGGUUACUGCAGUGGGAUAUGGAGUGGCUGAUGAUGGAGCCCACUAUUGGUUGAUCAAGAACUCCUGGGGAGACCAAUGGGGUGAGCAAGGCUACAUCAGGAUGCAGAGAGAUAUUGAUGCAAAAGAAGGGCUCUGCGGCAUAGCAAUGGAAGCCUCUUAUCCAACUGCAUGAACUUCAUUAAGCCCCUAUUAAAUUUGGGGCCAUUAUAAUCAGCAUCUUUUCAGCUUUCUCGAUUCUGUGUCCUGGUUACUUA